UUCUGGCUGCUGCUGCUGCUGCUGUUGCUGCUGCGGCGGCUGCUGCUGCUGCUGUUGCUGCUGCGGCUGCGACUUCCACUUCUUCUUUUGAUGUUGCAGAGUUCAUGAACGUUUAUUUCUCCUUUCUUCAGAUUGUUUACAUUCAAUCAUGCCGGAAACUAGUAAAGCACGAAGUAAUGCUAAGUGGGAUGAUGAUGCCAACAUUAAAUUUAUAGAUUUGUGUGAAAAUGAGAUUAGACAAGGAUGUAGACCACACACUCAUUUAAAUAGAGAUGGAUGGAACAAUGUUGUUGAAGAAUUCAAUAGAACCAUGGGAAGAAACUAUGAUAAAAAAACAAAUGAAAAAUCAUUGGGAUAACAUGAAAAAAGAUUGGAUUCUUUUUAAGAAGUUGAUGAGAGGGGAGACAGGUUUAGGAUGGGAUGCCACGAAAAAUACAAUUAUGGCAGAUGAUGAUUGGUGGGAGCGAAAAAUUAAGGAGGAUGAUCGAUACAAUAAGUUCAGGAAAAUAGAUCUUUCACUUAUAUGGUAUCGCUAUAAUGCGUUGUUUUCUGAUAUUGUUGCUACUGGAGAAAGAGCACGUGCAGCGAAUCAAGAACAAAUGUCUGGCAUUCGAGUAGAGCGCACACUUGGCGUUUGGAAAGCAAGAUGGUCUAUUUUGAGAGACAUGCCAUACUAUCACGUUGACACACAAAGGGACAUCGUGCUUGCUACUAUGGCCAUUCACAAUUAUAUUAGAAAGAAAUGCAAUGUGGAUGAUGCAUUCCAAACAGCCGAGAAUGAGAGCUAUAUUCCAUUGGUUGAUUCUAAUGAUAUUGGCAUAACUUCAAGAGCUAACAAUGUAGAUGUCGAAGAUGUAGGAGAACAAAAUGAUGUCUAUUGGAUGGAGUUUCGUGAUAUGAUUGCUAGUGACAUUUGUAAUGCUUGAUGCUUGUAUUAUAUGAAUAUUUUCCACUUCUUCUAUUUAUAGUGGAGUGUUUUCGGUUGUAUUAGCACUUUUAUUUUGUGUCAAAUUCUCCAUCUUUGACACCCGUGCUUUAUUAGA